CCUGGGACCAGAAGGAACCAUGAAGUGGCUGCUGUUGCUCAGCCUGGUGGCGCUCUCGGAGUGCCUCAUCAAGGUCCCCCUCACCAGAAAGAAGUCCUUGAGGAAGACCCUGAUUGAGCAUGGCUUGCUGGAGGAAUACCUGAAGAAGCACACCCUCAACCCAGCCAGCAAGUACUUCCCCAAAGAAGCUGCCACCAUGGUGUCCACCCAGCCCCUGGAGAACUACCUGGAUAUGGAAUACUUCGGCACCAUCGGCAUCGGAACCCCCGCCCAGGAGUUUACUGUCAUCUUUGACACCGGCUCCUCCAACCUGUGGGUGCCCUCCGUCUACUGCUCCAGUCCGGCCUGCUCCAACCACAACCGCUUCAACCCUCAGCAGUCCUCCACUUACCAGGCCACCAGCCAGACAGUCUCCAUUGCCUACGGCACUGGCAGCAUGACGGGCAUCCUCGGAUACGACACCGUCCAGGUCGGAGGGAUCGCCGACACCAACCAGAUCUUUGGUCUGAGUGAGACAGAGCCUGGCUCCUUCCUGUACUAUUCCCCCUUCGAUGGCAUCCUGGGUCUGGCUUACCCCAACAUCGCCUCCUCUGGGGCCACGCCCGUCUUCGACAACAUGUGGAACCAGGGCCUGGUUUCCCAGGACCUCUUCUCCGUCUACCUGAGCUCCAAUGACGAGAGUGGCAGCGUGGUGAUAUUUGGUGGCAUCGAUUCUUCCUACUACACCGGAAGUCUGAACUGGGUGCCUCUUUCUGCCGAGGGUUACUGGCAGAUCACUGUGGACAGCAUCACCAUGAACGGACAGCCCAUCGCCUGCAGUGGGAGCUGCCAGGCCAUUGUUGACACUGGCACCUCUCUGCUGUCUGGCCCAACCAACGCCAUUGCCAACAUCCAGAGCUACAUCGGAGCCAGCCAGAACUCCAACGGCGAGAUGGUGAUCAGCUGCUCCGCCAUCAACAACCUGCCCGACAUUGUCUUCACCAUCAAUGGCGUCCAGUACCCCCUGCCCCCCAGUGCCUACAUCCUGCAGAGCCAGGAGGGCUGCACCAGUGGCUUCCAGGGCAUGAACAUCCCCACAGCCUCCGGAGAGCUCUGGAUCCUGGGCGACGUCUUCAUCCGCCAGUACUACGCCGUCUUUGACAGAGCUAACAACCAGGUCGGCCUGGCUCCCGUGGCGUAAGCCUGCACCUCUCCAGCCGCCUCCCAGGAAGAUGUGACCUCAGCGCUGAGCCCACUGUAGAUGUAUAUAAUUCUCCUGAUUGUUCUUCCUGUGAGACUGCGGAGGUGGCCUCUUAACCCCAGUCCCUGUCAUUUCAAUGAUACAGAAUAAACACAACC